UUUUGAGGCAUCAAUAGUAAUACCAUCUUGUUACCAUCGAAACUGCGUUGGAACGCUAUUUCAUAGCAACGGACUGUUUCGGGGCUCAUGUGCGCACUUUCAGUUGUGUGUUUGAUGAAGUAGCUGCGAGUCCACAACGACGCUUUCAAUGGAGCCAACUGCCAAGUCCCAGCUAGUGGUGCCCGUGAACUUCCCACGCGAAUGGUCCACACCAGGAGGCCUAGAGGUGCGCGUUCAUAAAGUGCACUCGAUCAUUCAGACAUACCAGGUCGCCGAUCGAGACGACUGUGCCGACUUGGAUGCCGAGUGGCUAGACUUCGCUCGUGACCACCCUGACUGCGUGGAUGAUCUGGGUGCCUUCUUGGACCCAGACUUGGAGGCGUUCCGGAAAGUUGGUGGUGGUCGAUGCAGUAACUACGAGGAAAAGCAAUUGGACUUGACGGGUUACAGGCCCGAAUCUGUGACUGUAAGGGUGCGCGAUGGCAUUGUGUGGGUGACUGCAAGUGAGAGCGACAAGACGGUGGUCGUCGAAAACGAGGCCACAAAAAGCUGGAAGAAAAUGGAGCGCAAGUUUAGACUUCCAGAUGGUGUCUCGCCGGAUUCUAUCAGCACGGAGUUCACGAAAGACGGACGGCUGGUUCUAUCGGUCUUACCGCCAUCACCUGGACAAAAACAAACUUCCGCUAACGAGGACGACAGCUCGUCGAUGGCAACUACUAGGAACGCUUCUAACAUGACGGACGUCGAGACGAACAGCUCGAAAAGUUCAAUUGUUGAUAGGUAAUGUGUUCAUGUCUUCCCGUGGGAUCUGCGCGGUACUGCAGUCUGCGUGGCUGCCCGGUGUUUUCGGUGGACUAUCAGCUGUCAGCAGCAACUUAGGCUUUGUCGACAGUUUAGCCAACCGGCGUACAGUUGGUGUGUUGGUGUGUGGAGCGCAUCUGAACAUGCUACUAUAGGGAUGUCUGAAAGACUAUUUUUAAUAUUGA